AUGAGCUCUCCAUCCAAGACUGAAGCCAAGAAGGACCAAUUCGUCGGUAACGUAAAGGAAAACGUCGGUUCUGCUUUGGGUAAUGAAUCUCUCGAGGCCAAGGGCACUGCUCAAAAGAGCGAUGGUAACGUUCAAGAAAUCGCUGCCAAUGUCCAACACUUUGUCCAAGGUGCUUAUGAUCAAGCCGCUGGUGCUGUUCAAGGCGUUGUUAAUUCCUUUACUGGCAACAACUCUGGUGAGGCGGAAGCCAAGGUGCAAGAGAAGAAGGGCGAAGCCGAGAGAAAGAUCAACACCUAA